GCCGUGAACGCGCCUCCUCAUCUUCUUUGCUCAACAGCUGCACCGGCAGCACGCUAACUAACAAAACUAACUAACCACACACGACUAGAUAGCCACUAACCAAGACUACUAACAUGGCUGACGUGCGACAGCAGCGUCAACCCUAGCAAAACCCACAAGAAAGACAAAACCGGAAACGUCAAAAAGUCUUCUGCUUUAAAACAAACAACACACAAAACAUGUUAACGGUUAAGUCGUUGUCGUUUGGACCCUGAACGCACCACCAGGACGCCUUCAAGUUGGCAUCACCUUCACGAGCAUCCCAGCAUGCCGACUGACUCUCUUCUGCCAUUCCUGGAGAGUCCCGACGGACUGGCCCAAGACAGCUUGACUAGCAACAGCGCCAACAUCCCGGGACCCGGCUCCAGCAUGACUCCUCACGGCAACUACCUCCUCAAAGCCAACGAGCCGCCAUCUUGUAUGUUCUGCGACAAGACCUUCACUCACCAGGAUGAGGUGGGCCCCCACGUCCUGACACAGCACCCCACCACCUUCUUCGAGCCGGCCGUGCUCAGGAUUGAAGCAGAAUUUAGGAUCCCGGGUCAGAGGGCGCGGCCCAAAGCGGGCAGCACAGCGCCGGAAAAAGAGGAGGUGCACAGCUGCGUGGUGUGCGGCCAGGUGUGGCAGGACGCUGGUGAGCUGGAGAACCACCUGAGGAAACACAAGGACUACUUCACGUACUGCUGCAAUGUGUGCGGGCGGCGCUUCAAGGAGCCCUGGUUCCUCAAGAACCACAUGAAGAUGCAUGGCAAGACCGGAACCAAGAACAAGGCCCUGCAGGACCAGGAGAACCCGGUCACGGUCAACGGCGUAGUCCAAGAGGCCGCGUCAGAGCCCGUGGUCACCGCCUACAAGAUGUGCAUGGUUUGCGGGUUUUUCUUCCCGGACCAUGAGAGCCUUGUGGAACACAGUCAAGUCCACAAUCGAGAGCUGGAGCCCGGCAAAGAUGAAGACUCAGACAAAGAAUUUGUGAACCAGAACAGUUUUCUCCACAGUCUUAAUCUCAAGCCUCAUCCCCCAGGAAAGUCUUUGCAACCCGAAAGAACAUCCAAAUGGAUCCCCCAGCUGGAUCCUUACAACACAUUUCAGGCCUGGCAGCUCGCCACCAAGGGCAAAGUCGCUGUCGGUCCCAUCUCGACUAAAGACAUGAGCCAGGAGGCCAGCACAGACAAUGAGGAUUGCAGCUCUGACAAGGAGCAGACGAACACCACCUGGCCCGACGCUCAAGUAGACAAAACUGUCAAGGAUGUUCCUAGCAGAGAGCUCCGGUCCCAGCAUCAGGUGCAGGCGGUGGAUCGCCGGGAGCCGCGACUGCUGCAGCGGCAGUCCUUGAUGCAAAAAAGCAAAGACACGGAGAGGCCCACCACGUGCGAGGAAUGUCGGCGGACCUUCAAGACCUACCACCAGCUGGUGCUGCACUCGAGAGUGCACAAGAGGGAUGCAGGGGGGGACAGCCCCACCUCAUCCACUGAAGGGACGCUGUCCAGGGCUGGCUCAGCGGACCACGGGGAUGAUGGCGCAGAGGACGGCGCUGAGGACGCAGCCAUGGCGGAACACUUUGCUGCAGGAGAGGACGGCUUCUACAGAGCCAAAGUACGAUCAAAGCACUGCAGCUACUGCGGCAAGUCCUUCCGAUCCAGCUAUUACCUCACAGUGCACCUGAGGACUCACACAGGUGAGAAACCCUACAAGUGCGUCUACUGCGACUACGCCGCCGCCCAGAGGACGUCCCUGAAAUACCACCUGGAGCGCCGGCACAAGGACAAACCAUGCGUGGAGAUCCCCAGCAAACCUGUGCCCUCCCCAAGCGACGGGAAACUCGCAAACGAGGCCGCCAAGAGACCCCAACCGUGGCUUUCCGAGGACGGAGCGCCGAGGGAAAGCUGCGAGAGCGAGCGGGACAAAGCGGACCCUGAGAAAGUGAUGGCUGAAAAUGCGCCCGUCACGUUCCCCGUGGCUGCGCAUCUGAAGGUGGAAAAGGAGGAAGACGAGGACUGCGACGUGCCGUUAAACCUGUCCUUAAAAGUCUCUCUCUCAGUCCCUCCCAGGAAUGCGUUAAUUCCGUCUGCGUGUUCCUUCUGCACGUAUAAAACCAUCUACCCGGAGGUUCUGAUUAUGCACAAGCGGCUGACCCACAAGGAGAAGUCGGACGUUUGCAGAAAGAAUCUUUACAGCAAGCAGAGACGCCUCACGGGAUGCCCACCCGCCCUUCAAGGUCAAGACGUCCCCCCGCUAGCCACCCUUGACAGGCGCCACCCUCGCCGAACCAAGUCCCCGCCCCCUCAAACUGCAAGACCCAAAGAACCCACACCCAAGCAGACCCACGACGGACGUCUUUGCGAUGUUCCCCGGAGUCGCGUUCCAGAGCCGACCCGCUUCAACAACCCGUCCAGUGGCGGCAAGUACCAGACGGAGCAACCACCCAUCUUGGCCAGGGUGGCGGCCGCCGAGAGGAGUUUCCCCGGGCGAAGCGGCGGCGCCGCGUGGCAGUCGGACGCCGCUCGCCUCUUCCUGUCUGACCCGUUCGGGAGCCUCACGCAGAUUAGCGAGCCGUCCGGCAAGCGGCUAAAGCUUACCCUGCCUGCUGGGGACGCCAGGCCCGGCUUCCGGGGAACGCCCCCGGGCGAGGGAGUCAUCAGGCCACCUCAAGGGAGGGCUCCAAUCAAGAGUCCGUCCAUCACCACCAUCGAAGGCGGUUUGGGCACCGACUGGGACAUGAUGAACCUCCUGCGCUCUUGCGCGCCCAACAACCUGGCGUCUCUCUAUCACGCCGUCCCGGGGAAUCCCAGCCAUGGGAGGCUGGCUAACACGAGAGCAGGCGGCAGGAGCGUCCUCUUCCAACACUUGACCCAACCUCGACCCAACCCGCAGAGGAGGGAGGCCCCGGACCCCGCCUCCAAGCAACAACACGCCACCUCUGACAGCGCCACCUAAAAAGGGACUCUUUUUGUUUUUUCUCAUCAUCAUCUCAAACUGUGAAGUUGUGUUUCGAACGCUGCUAUCUUAUAUUUGGAGCGUUUUUCUGCCCACGGCACAUCGCAUUGCUGACUUUUCAGUGAAUUUUGCUCAUCUUUCAAGGUGACUUGUUCAGGACGUGAUUGUACACUGUGAAGAAAACGUCUCAGGCUGUUUCCAAGAUGUUGUGCCACCUUUUGAAGAGUUUGGAUUAAGUUAUUGUUUUUUUUUUGUUUUUUUUUAGUGUUUUCAUUCUUUCACUUAUGUAAAAUGGAAAAUAUGGUUUGAGAUUUGUAUAUGACACAUUUCAAUAAA